GUCUGCUCGGGGAGCGGCCGCAAGUGAUUGGUACAGGGGCGUGGUCUCCAAAACCUGCAGCUGUUCUUGUUCAUUCAGCCUUGCUGGGUAUUGAAGCAGAGUGGGUGUUUUGUGUGCCGGUAAACUGGAAGAGCAAGAGCUCCGUCUAAAUGCAAAAAGAAUGGCUGAAGCUGUAGCCCGAGUUGCCAGAAAAGUCAACGAGGUGGUAGAGAAUGGAGGGCACCAUCUGGACCUGUCGAGCUGUGCUCUGAAUUCCUUCCCCAUUGGUCUUUAUGUAGUUAUGACAAAUGUGACGCAGGAUAUCCAGUCCAUUACAUUGGCCAACAAUGAGAUAAAGGCGCUGACAAACAAAUUCUUUAGCACAUUCAGUCAACUACAAGAUCUAAACCUGGAAGGAAAUGUUCUUCGGCAACUUCCUAAUGAAGUUAACCACCUUCUGUUUCUUAAGUCUAUUAAUCUAUCAAGAAACAAAUUCCAAGAAUUCCCUGACAAAUUACUAGACAUCAACAGUAUGGAAAGCAUCAACCUAGAAGACAAUCAGAUCAAAGAUGUUCCUGUUGAGAAGUUAAGUUCUAUGCCUUCUCUACGUUUGGUGAACCUGAAAGGAAAUCCCCUGAAUAAAGGCAACUUGAACCUAUCUACCCUCAAAUUUCAGUUGCUUCUGUAAAUUGUGUUAUGGAACACUGAUCAAGUGAAAAACUGCAAGUACUUCAUAGCAAUAAUCGUAAAACCAGGACUAUAUGGUCUCUAACUGUGCAGGUUUUGAUGGUAUCCCUGUUUAAGCUCUAAAGGGGUAAAUUUACCAAAUGGCAAGUUAUAGCAAAUUUUCAUAAAGCAACUCGUGGAAGCUCUUCAAAUAUCAUAAAUGAGACCAAGCUCCGAGGAUACAUUAUACAUCGGUGACUCCUUCAUAAAGCAUUUAACUCUGUUACUGAAUGUUGAACCCAUCUAAAUUUUUUACAUGUAUAUUCGCUGAUUGGUAAAGUCAACCUACUAGGGUGAUCAUUGAAUCCUGGACAGCUCAUUGGAUUUAACUGUUUUAUUUGCAGUGGUGAAUACAAUGUUUGCAGUAUGAAAGCUACAAAAAUGUUGGUCCCUGGAUACUAUUUUUGAUUUGUGCUCCAUUGUUAAACCAUUUUAAAUUAAACUCAAUACAGACCAAUACAGAAAAA